UCUAGAAUUAUUAAUUUUUGUAGGCCUCCAGAUAGUCACAGUCAAACCAUUUUUGAUAUUUAGAGGGUUGUUUGGUCGUACUUUUACCAAAUUAUAUAAACAUCUCAUUGUAAGUACCAGUUAGCGGAGCGGUUAUUCUUGUAAGCCAAUAACUACACCAGCGGAUUUGCAUCUGGGGAAUGUUACGAAUAGUCUUUUAUGCCAGAUUGCGACAUAUGCCGCUGUGACCAUCGGACAGAAACCCUGGAUGCCGAAGCGCGACCAUGCUGUGUUUCCGUUCUCGAGCGCCUGCGUCUCCGUCUCUAUAGUGCCGACUGAGUUUUAUGUACUUAUGCGGUACAUUAACACAGACAGUAUGCAGUAUAUAGAUAUAUUUAUAUUUAGUAUGCACUUUGCCGUACAAAAUACAGUCUACGCGCUCUUUUCCCACAUUCAGUUGUCUUCAGGAUUUCGCGGUUGUAAACUCUGCCGUUUCAACUGAACCAGGGUGUCAUCCAACAUGCGGAGCCUUAUGAUCUUGGUGGUUGCAGUAAUAUGCAUCCCGUCCAUAAUUCAUCCCGUUGCGUCUGUUAAGCGACUUCCUAUUGAUACAGCAUUCUGCGAAGACCUGCUAGCCAGUUGCCGGCUUUACGAUGGCCCUGCUGCCCAUGCCUCCCGUCAGUUCAAUUUUACGAGAACGGUGCCAUGGCCGUUAUCACUCGAAUACCUGGCUUCUCAGCGUCAAACAGCCGAAUACUUUUGCGGAGGGCUCGUGGAAUCGGGAAUGUGCUUUCGGGCAGUGAAUGCCAUGUGCCCUACUAUUUUUGAACAACUGAAAGUGAAAAAGGCGUCACAGGGAUGGUUCCACGCCGAAUUCCUCAUUGCUUUCAGUAAAUUGUGUCAACUGCCAAAUGGUUCUUUACCCCUUGCUCGUGCCAUGAGCGACUGCACUGGACAACAGUCUCCAGUGUUAGUGUACGAGUCGUUCAAUUCGUACUUUGCGAAGAGGAUUUUGCACUCGGAUUUAAAUCAUUUCGAGGAUAUCUCACCGGAUCCUGCGGCGGCUCAUCGUAAUUUGUGCCGGUUUCUUGAAAUGGUUGCAGCAGACAUCCAAGGCAGCGUAAAGAAGGAAUUAGUGGAGAUGUGCGGAAACGAAUUUGUCGUAAAUGUGCUGGUGGAAGAGAUAAAGAACAUACAUCUACUGCACUGCAUAAACAUGGACCCGACUACUGCUCAAAGUAAAUCCGUCUGGCGUAUGUAGUGCCGUACCAUGCCGAAAUCAGUGGAACCUCGAGACAAUCACAAGCGCAAAACAUGAAUAAACUGCAUUAUGGUGAUGGUAUGUCCGAUCCGUCGAUUGAAACUGUAUUAGACAUUGUGUUCGGAGUGUACUUGCACUUAAGAGAAAAACACAGAUACUGACAUAAUAAAGUAAAUUAAUGCAUCUUCUUGAAGCAAAAUAAAGCUGACAUCUCAGUAAUUGCAGUAAUUGUAAGAGUGCGAAGUAUUUUACAUUAUCAGAAAGAACCUAAAAUGAAUGUACAAGUUAGGUGAUUAAUUUCUUGCUUAAAUGUAAGAGUAUAUGUAAUACAGUACAUUUUACAGUCACAGUAGCCACUAAUCCCACUAUACGUACUACAGCUUCCAAAUCAUCAAAAUAAUUUUACGAUGAAUAAUUAUGAUGAAUGCAUUCGAUUUAUAUAUUUUUCAUUAUACGAUAAAUAUGUCUAUAUGAUAUCAGUAUUUGACGUGCCACUCCAAGUGCACGUAACCUUUAAAGAGUGGGGCGUGGCGGGCAGUGGUAUUUCAGCGAGUGAAGAAUUUUUGAUACUUCUGCUAACUGGUGCUGCAAAAUUCAGCUAAACCGGUCUGUCAACGUUUCAUUCAGUUAAUUUAAUGUUUUCUGCUUUGUUUCGAAAAUGGCUGGAAUACAUUCCCAGCAGUCCAUUAAUCAGUAAUCAGGUGACAGUAAGUGUCAAUAGGUUCUUUUGGUGCCUUUCCUGGCGGUGGUGGCAGAAAUAUAAUUGAAAAAGAGCCGCUGGUGGCGAAAUUGUAAGAAUAAAUUGCAAGGUGGUGGCAAUAGCCAAAAAGGCGUGUAGUAAGGUGUAAAAAUAGUCAAAAAGGGGUAAAAGGGGGUGACAGUAGCCGUUUCCCACAAAAAACAUCGAUUAAGAUUGCUCGUAUAUGGAACACAGUAUCGAGAUUUGAAACAUACGGCUUCCGGAUUGAAUGGUUUCCGAAAUGAAUGGUUAUUGGACACCAACAUUACAGGGUCGAGGUGUGGAAUCAAACAGUGCAACAGGUGCCGGAUUGCAGUUGCUACCUUUCGACACCCGGCUUGGUAACUUCAUGGAUGUGAGAAUUUUCUCCGAAUCUUCUAGAACGCUUGCCUGAAGUCUACACUCAAGGCUAAGACGCGAAACAACUUUGGUCAUUUUUAAUACCGGAUUUGUCUCAUUGGCCAGCAACUGCGCAUUCUUCCUUUACAUGGUCGCUCUUAUUCUUUUCCAUACCAAACCGGAUGAUAUUGAACCACCACCAAGCUAUCGGUGAUCAUGACGAGGAAGAGGAAAACGUAUGCGGCCGGACAAUGAUAACGAAUGGAUAUUCGUAGUAGUGAUAGCUACAUGGGCAGAUUGGAAAUGGACAUGGCAGCCAGACUUCUCUGAAUCAUAUUCAUGGUUACGAGUAUCUCCACGAGCAGCGCACCGUUGUCGGCAGCGAUCAAUGGCAUGGAGAUACAAACGGUCAGUCGUUGCGGAUACACUGCUGCCGGUUGGUGUGGAGGUCUACGCGGUAGUGAUCUGUGCGUAAUCCGUGGAAACCGAAUUAGAGUGGUAUCAAACAUGUGGAGCCAUCUCAUCCUCGUGGUUGCACUAUUCUGCAUACCUUCCAUAAUUUAUCCCGUUGUAUCUGAUGUCGAUAUAGCUUUCUGUGAAGAUCUGCUGGCCAGCUGCCGGCUUUAUGAUGGCCCUUCCGCCCACGCCUUCAAACGGUUCAGUUUUACCGAGACAGUGUCAUGGCCGCUGUCGCCGGAAUACCUGGCUUCGCAACGUCAAGCAGCCCAAUUUUUUUGCGGAGGGCUACUGGAGUCGGGAAUGUGCUUUCGGUCGGUGAACUUAUUUUGCUCUGAUAUUUUUGACCAUCAGAAAAUGAAGAAGGCGUCACAGGGAUGGUUCCAUGCCGAAUUCCUCAUUGCUUUUAGCAAACUGUGUCAGCUGCCAAAUGGCUCUUUUCCCUUUGCCCGUGCCAUGAGUGAUUGCACUGGACAGCACUCGCAGCUGUCUCCAAAGCUAGUAUACGAUUGGUUCAACUCGUACUUUGCGCAAAGGAUUUUGCACUCGGAUUUAAAUCAUUUCGAGGAUAUCUCACCGGAUGUUGUGGCGGCACACCGUAAUUUGUGCCAGUUUCUUGAAAUGGUUGUAGCGGACAUUCAAGGCAGUGUAAAGACGGAAUUGGUAGAGAUGUGUGGAGGCGAAUUUGUCGUAAAUGUGCUGGUGGAAGACAUGAAGAACAUACAUCUAGUGCACUGCAUAAACAUGGAUCCGUCAACGGCUGAAAGUAAAUUCCCCUUCCGUAGGUAGUGCCUUAUCAUGGCAAAACUGUAUUUAGUGCCGUAUCUUGGCGAAAUCAGUUGAACCUUGAGGCGGUCACAAUUAUAAACAAAAUAUACGUUUUUUUGCUGUUAUUGUUGUAUGAUGGUGUUUCGGAUUCGUUGACUAAAAACUGUAAUACAAUCUGUGUACGGAGCGUGCCUGUACUGCGGAGAGAAAUACCGGUACCUACCGUAUACUGCGGGGAGAAAUACCGGUACGAGU